AAAGACAAAUCGCCGUUGAAGUAGACGAACAGCCUGUCAUUGACACUGCUGAGUAACUGAGGCAGCGGCGGCACUAGGCGUAAAUCUCUUCAUCCAACACCGGAAAUGGCGGAGAAGGCAGUGACUAUCAGAACUAGGAAGUUUAUGACCGAUCGACUCCUCUCCAGAUCAUCGAUGUGCUACAUCCAGGGCGACCCAAUGUUUCCAAGGACCCACUUUGGUGGAGGCAAAUCUACUGGUUUCGGCUUGAUCUAUGAUUCUGUGGAGAAUGCUAAGAAAUAUGAGCCAAAGUAUAGACUCAUCAGGAAUGGUCUUGAUACGAAGGUUGAGAAGUCUAGGAAGCAGCUGAAGGAGAGGAAGAAUAGGGCUAAGAAGAUCCGUGGAGUAAAGAAGGAACGAAGGCUGGAGAUGCGGCCAAGGCUGGGAAGAAGAAAUAAGUUUCUAGGAUUUUGUGCCUUCCUGGUGUAUGAAUUACACGGGAAGAGCACUGUCUUUGCUGUGGAGUUUCUGUAUCAUCGGCUAUUCUUAGUCUAAUUUGAAAAUUUCUCAAGGUUGAAUUGUUAAAAAUUUUGUGGGAUGUUUCUGUCAGAUUCUAAUGAAGUCUUAUCUCAAUUACAUAUCUUACACGAGUUGAUGAA